AUGGCUAAAGGCUGUGGCCCAUUGGGUUGCGAGUCCGACUCUCAAGUCCGUUUCUGGACCACGCAAAAGAGUGCACACCACCUCGAAGAACCUCAAUUGCUCAGCCUGGGUAGCACCGGACUGGUAUUCAAGCUUAGCGACGCCAUCGUCGUGAAAAAGAGCCGUCUUGGCCGAAGCGGAUAUAUUGCUGCCGAACAAAAAGUCUUUACAAUAUUAAAACGCCAACCGCCAUCACCAUACAUUGUCCAGCACUUUCACGACACCAAGGACGCAAUAUUCUUGGAGUUCAUGUCGGGUGGGAAUCUUGGAACCAUCCUUAACGACGAACAAGUGAAAGACGAGUCAACGCAGAGAGUAAUUCGAGUAGAGAAGUUGCAGACGGCGGAAGACUGUCUCCGGUGGAUGCGUCAGCUUGCAACGGCAGAAGCUUGGCUCGAGCAGCUGGGUUUGGCGCAUUGCGAUAUUCGGCCAGCCAACAUAUUGCUGUCCGACGCGCGGGACAUCAAGCUUGCAGACUUUGAUCGUGCGUGCAAGAUCGGAGACACCGUACCCUCUCUGACGGAACCUUUUGCUCGGCUACUGGGGGAUGACGGUGGCUCGGAUUGCGGAACAUACGGCACCGCUGGUUGUCGAACAGAGCAAUUCGCCAUGGGUUCAGUCAUCUAUGCCUUGACGCGCGGCCAUGAUCCCUAUGAGGACGAGUGGUGA